AUGCCCACUGUGCGGCACCGGCCCGCACGUCAAGAUAUAGCAUUUAGAGGACACACGGAUGAAGAAAGUAAUUUUGUUCAACUUGUUAAUUUAUUAUCAAGACAUAAUCCUGUUUUACAACGUUGGUUAAAUGAAACUGAAAAUCGUUCAUAUAAGGUAACAUAUAUGGGUCAUCGUUCACAAAAUGAAUUUAUUCAAAUUAUUGGUGAAGAAAUACAACGUCUUAAUUUAAAUCAAAUUAGACAAGGUACAUAUUAUUCAAUAAUGGCUGAUUCUACACCAGAUUCAAAUAGACAAGACAUGUUUACAUUAGUUAUUCGUUUCGUUAAUGAUCAACUUAUACCAGAAGAAAGAUUUGUAUCU